AUGGAUACUAUCUUGAAUGCAAUAUGUCAGGCAGAAGCCUACGAACCUGAAGGGAGGGACGAAUUGCCGGUUGUAUGCAUCAAAGCAAACGCGAGGGGACGACUCCGCACUGAAUUGGAGGAUAUGUAUUUGCAGGAGAACUUGCCAUGCGGAAUUCACCAAUGUAGAUUGUGUAAUGCUGCUCUGGAGUCGUCCAAUGGCAAGGUGGCAAAUGACCGACGCCUUACAGCCGACCAUUCCAUUUGGCUGUUGGAUUUGCCUGUUGCGCUGAAUUGUGCAGACUUUUUGUGGGAUGAGCCGGCCAUUAACAAUGGCGUAGUGAUAGAGUCUCAUUUGGAGUUAAUACGUAGGUUGAAUGUGCGUGUCUAUCUGAAGCUCCUCAAGUUGUGCCGCAUUGAACGAGACAUGAGCAGAAGACGACGAUUCUUCAAAGGCCAGAAGAACUUCGACGUGCAGGAAGUGCUGGGGGAAGACCGAGCAUUUUAUUUGUAUCCUGACAGCGUGAGUGCUGAUACCCAUGUUGCAGCAAUUGAUGGAGAGACCAAAGAGGAGCACCUGUUGCGGUCCUUCGUCACAGUUGCCGAGUGGUACUGCCGCCAUUUGGAACUAAAUCGGGGCGACGUUGGUAGUGGUGGCGACGUAGGUCACGUGGAAUUAGGCAAAGCCAAAAUCUUGACUUCAAACAAUGAACGAAGACAGAAACUAAAUGACCUUCUUCACCUAUCAGAUCAGGUAUCGGUAGUAACGAUGCAGGAAUUUAUGCUCACCAGUCCCCUACAAGCCGAGUGGUCGAAGGCAGGAAAUGUGAACGCAAAGAUCGUAUACGAUGAUGACGACGAUGAUGCAGCUAACGACGAUACAAUUCAGACAGCCAACAGACCGCUGUAUCCUCCGUAUUACGGGAGCAAUUUAAUAGCUAGUCUUAUCCACACGAAGAAGGCGUUUAGAGGUACGUUGGUUACCGAUCGAAAAUCUUGUAUGCAAGGUCGGGUUGUGAUACGGAGCAAGUCCAACGCCGAUACUGGAGUUAGCAACGUGGGCGAGAGUGGCAUGGAGAUCCAGAUUGUGGGGGCGCUCAAUAUCAAUCGCGCAAUGAACAGGGACACAGUCAUCGUGGAAAUUCUUACACCUGAUAUGGGGGCAAACCUGCGCGCCGUUUAUAGAGACUGGCACAAGCUGGAGGGAACAGAGUCGUUUUUUAUUAGUGACUCUGCAUCCUCGGAUCAUGUGUCCUCGGAUCAUGUGUCCUCGAAUCAUGUGUCCUCGAAUCAUGUGUCCUCGGAUCAUGUGUCCUCGGAUCAUGUGUCCUCGAAUCAUGUGUCCUCUGACCUUGCAUCCUUUGGCGCAGCGAGAUUCGAUGUGAGUAGCAGAAUGGUUGACAGCGUAAUGGUGGAUGACUCUGAAAUAAGACCUGAAGUAGGGACUGAUGUGGGGCCCGCUCAUCCUGAUAUAGAUUCGUCAGUAAUAUUUGGCAGAGUAGUUGCUAUUUUACGGAGAAGUCCGGGGGCCUACUGCGGUACAUUACGGUUGCGAAACAAAGUGUUGAAUGACCGAUACGAAUUGUCUCACCGUGAGCUAGUGCCGGUGAAUGCAGGACUGCCUCCGGUGAUGGUUAAGUGGUCUGUAGGCUUGAGUGACCGAGAAGAGAGGCGUUUGGUAUUCGUGUAUGAUGAUUGGAAGCGUGAUAGCCUGUUGCCUGAGGGGCACUGGAUAGAGGAUUUGGGUCCUGUGAAUGAUAUCGAUACCGAGUGCAAGGUAAUACUCAGGGAGCAUAAUGUGAUAACGAGGCCGUUUACGAGGGCUGCAAUGGCCUGUCUACCCUCUGAGGAUAUCAUUGAGACGGAAGUGAGUAGGCGAAUUGACUUGAGACUAAAGUAUUGCCCGUGUGAUUUGUGUCGUGAUACGCGUAAUGGAGUGGAAGAAAAAUUGUCAGCACAGGAAACCGAUUUACUUGGUACGCCUUGCCUGUACACGAUUGCUCCCAGUAGACCUGUGCCUUUAAGCAAUUGGGCGGAAGAAAGGGACCAGAAUUAUGCUGUUGUUAGCCAGAAGCGAUUGCAAAAUCCACGCUUAGAGGAAUGCGAGAUAGACCCAAACAAUGAGGGCGUGUGGACUUGCUCUAUUGAUCCGCCUACCUGUGUUGACAUUGACGAUGCAUUAAGCGUCAAGUUUCUACCCAACGGAAACGUCGAGGUGGGGGUGCAUAUCGCGGAUGUUACCCACUACGUUCGUGGAGACUCCGCACUCGACAAAGAGGCGGCGGAACGUUGCACUACCAUUUACUUGGUUAACCAGCGGACGGACAUGUUGCCGAAGCUUCUGUCUGCUGAUUUGUGCUCGCUACGGUCGGGUCGCGACCGUCUAUGUUUCUCAGUGUUUUGGGAAAUGACGCCUGAUGCAAAGAUUGUACGGACCAAAUUCUUCAAAACCGUGAUUCAUAGUGUAGCCGCAUUUACCUACGAGCAAGCUCAAAAAAUCAUCGAUGGCACGGGGGCAAGGACCGAGGCAACGAACGAAGCGGCGAACGAGACGGCGAACGAGACGACGCACGAGGCGAAGAAGAAACGAAAAAGGUCUGGUGUUCAAAAAAUAGCAGAACGGCCUGUUGAGGGGCGACGAGAGGAUCCUAUAGCAGUCCGACUUCGAGUAUUGGAUCGGCUAGCCAAGGUGUUACGAUCGAACAGAAUGCAACGAGGUGGUCUUGAGCUGGCUAGUAAUGAGUCGAAAUUUACUUUUCGGAAACGGAAAAAUGACAAUGAUGAGAUUGUGAAUGAAGAAGAUCCGGAGAAGGUGGAGGCUUAUGAGCAUUACGACACUCAUUGGCUAAUCGAGGAGUUCAUGCUUUUAGCUAACAUAUCGGUUGCUAUCAAAAUAGCACAAUCGUUUCCGCAGUGUUCGGUUCUACGUAGGCAUCCUGCGCCCAAGGGUGAUUCAUUGAAACAGUUGGCUGCUGUAUUGAAAACAAAAGGUUUUCAUCUUGAAUUCAAUUCCAGCAAGCAUCUCGCCAAGUCUUUGGACUCAUGUUCCAUACCUGACGACCCGUUGUUCAACAAGUUGGUGAGACAAAUAACGGUGCAAUGUAUGAACCGUGCUGUGUACUUUUGUACUGGUGAUAUCACAGAUCCAGAGUCCAGACGGCAUUACGCACUAGCUACCAAUCUGUACACUCACUUCACGUCCCCUAUUCGUCGAUAUGCUGACGUCAUGGUACAUCGGCUCCUCGCGGCUGCGAUAAAUUGGGAGAGUCUCACAACAUCACAAGGUAAUCAACUUAUGGUCAGCCACCAGUGCGAGAAGAUGAGCGAAAAGCAUAUGAACGCGCAAUAUUGUCAGCGUGCAUCUGCCGAAUAUUUUGCUUACCGACUCUUUUCCAAAAUAGGAAAGGAAGUCAAACUUCAUUGCGUUGUCACCGGCAUGAGAGCCAAUGGACUAGUGCUUACUUGCCCUACCGUAGCCGUCGACUCCGUCUGUCCAAUUCGAGAACCGUUCACUUAUUGCCCAGACAAAAACGCCUGGGUCAAUAAACACAAUCUGACUGAGGAAAUCAAUCUAUUCGACCAUGUUAUUGUCAUAGCUAAGCCCAAUGAUGACGACUACAGGUUCCAUGUUGUUUACGAACUAGAACGUAAAGCUACCACCCAUGAGGUUCUGCAAACAUCAACCGAGCUAUCCAAAGCUAUAACGUUCAAGGCACCUGACGUCGUUUGA